UCAUUACCUUGUUUGUAAACUUCCUGGUGGGGCUAACUGCGUUAGCAACAACUUCGUAGUUUUGGCUAGCAAUCAUGAUAGCGUCUAGUUACAACGCCAAAGACGAAGAUGGACAUAUAACCGUGUCCGGGCCCGGCGGCGGGACUCUGCGCAGCAAGAAGCCCGAGAACACUGCGUUUAAACAGCAGAGACUACCCGCUUGGCAGCCCAUUCUCACCGCGGGCACAGUGCUCCCUGCCUUCUUCAUCAUCGGACUCCUCUUCAUCCCCAUCGGCAUCGGCCUGUUUGUAACGUCCAACAACAUCAAGGAGUUUGAGGUGGAUUACACAGGGGUUGACAUGUCCAGUCCCUGUUUCAACUGCUCCCAGAACUUCAACUGGAACAGCACGAGGCCUUGUACCUGCUCCAUACCUUUCUACCUGGACCAGCCAUAUGAGAGCAACGUCUACGUGUAUUACGGCCUCUCCAACUUCUACCAAAACCACCGCCGCUACGUCAAGUCGAGAGAUGACAGCCAGCUGAAUGGAGACAUUACCUCCCUCAAGAAUCCCAGUAAGGAGUGUGAGCCGUACGCUUAUCAUGAAAACAAGCCAAUUGCUCCGUGUGGGGCCAUCGCCAACAGCAUGUUCAACGACACGUUGGAGCUGUUUUACAACGACCCCAACGGCACAAAGAUCCCGAUUCCUCUGAACACUACAGGCAUCGCCUGGUGGACCGACAAGCACGUGAAGUUCGGAAACCCCGGAGGCAACAACCCCAACCUCACGGCCGCUUUUCAAGGUACCACGAAGCCGGUGAACUGGCGCAGGCCUGUCUACGAGCUGGACGCCGACGAGGGGAACAACGGCUUCAUCAACGAGGACUUCAUCGUGUGGAUGAGAACCGCCGCCCUGCCGACCUUCCGCAAACUCUACCGCAUCAUCAACAAGAAGAGCAGCAUGGUUCCAACUCUGCCCCGAGGAAACUACACUCUGGAGGUCGUCUACAAUUAUCCCGUCCGCAGCUUCGAGGGCAGGAAGCGGGUGAUCCUGAGCACCAUCUCCUGGAUGGGGGGCAAGAACCCGUUCCUGGGCAUCGCGUACAUCACCGUGGGCUCCGUCUGCUUCUUCCUGGGCGUCGUCCUGCUCAUCAUCCACCACAAAUGCGGCAACCGAAACAACAGCGCCGACAUAUCCAACUGAGGUGGCGGCCCCGCCCCCCAGCUCGCCUCCUCCUGCUGCAGUGAGCUCAUCCGUCAGGGUAAACGUUUCGUCCAGAGGCACGACUGGUAGAGACAUCAAA